GGCUUGCGCUAAGUAGUCCCGGAGGCCGCCGAAACAGUCUAAAUCGGGCGGUGCUGCGGUGCGAACAGAACAUUUCUCGAGCUGUACUGAGAAAAGCUUAGUAGUGAGUUUGUUAUUUAAUUUUUUUUCACUGAAGAAAAAAUAAAGCUGACAAGAAACCUGAAAUAGUUGAGUAAAUCGGCAAACAGCGUCACCUAACUAACAUCAACAUGAACCACCUCAUCAUCACAGUGCUGGCUUUGAGCAGCUUCUACCUCUACGCCGAGGCAACGGUUGUUAAUGGAUGCCCCAGCACCAAAAGUCUGGUUCCGAUCGAGAGCAACACCGUCGACAUCAGCAACUGCACCAAAGGGCCCUGCAAGCUGAAAAGGCGCACCAAGGUGUCCAUCAACCAGAAGUUCACGCCCUCCGAAGAUAUCAAAUCGCUGACGACGACGGUGUUUGCCCAGGUGCUGGGACUGCCGCUGCCCUUCGUCGGCGUGGACGGAACCAAUGCCUGCGACUAUCUGUUUGCCGAGGACGGUGAAACCAAAACCGGAUGUCCCCUGAAGGCUGGCGUUCCGGUCGUCUACAAGCGGGAAUUCCCGGUGCUGGAAAUCUACCCGAAGAUGAGCCUGGUCGUGCACUGGGAACUGCAGAGCCGUGGCUCGAAAUCGAUCACCUGUUUCGAGGUGCCGGCAAAGAUUGUGUAAAUAUUUCGGGCAGGGUUGAAUAAACUUUUUUUUAAAUUGAAA